UUGGAUAUUUUUCCUAAUAUCCAUUCUGCUAUUGUAAGAAAAGCAAAGCGUUGUGUUGGAGAAAAGCAAGUCUGGUUUUUGAAGCCUUUUUUUGUCGCUCCCCAGAGGGACCCUCUUGGGCAAGAGUCUGGAAUCUUGGAAAGGAGUGAGAGAGAGAGAAAUUUGCAUUGAUGGGCCUGCUAUUUUUGAUCAAUUUGGCAUUGGGUGUCAUUUGGAAAUUGGGUUCAAGUUUUAACUCUCUUUCCUUAUUAGAGUUGCAUGAGUAAGUUUCAUGUAGCUUCCUAGAAACCGCACAGGGUUGUUCUUAUUUGAGUUUGUGCUCUUCUGGGAUGCGAAGCAGACAGGGUGGUUGUGUUUUGUCUGUCUUGUGCAUUGACACUGUUUGUCUUGUUUGAUUUAUUAUCAAGAAAGAAUCACAGCGGAUUUUUUUUAUCACUGGAGUCUUGGAAGGGACAGAAUUUGCAUUGAUACGCCUGCUAUUUUUGCUCAAUUUGGCAUUGGGCAAGUUUUAACUCUCUUUCCUUAUUAGAAUUGCAAGAAUAAGUUUCAUGUAGCUUCCUAGAAACCACAAGGUUGUUCUUAUUUGAGUUCAUGCUCUUCUGCGUGGUGAAGCAGACAGGGUGGUUGGUUUCCGUGUGACUUCUGCAUUGGUACAUUGUUGGUGUUUGUCGAUUUGUUCUCAAGAAGGAGUCACAGAGGCUUUUUCAUCACUUGGGUCUUGCUCUGAGAAAUCAUAUUUGAUUUGAUCACUCUGUACACAACAACCAGAGCUGAGUUUUAGUAACUUCUACAGCCUAUCAACUGAGCCAUGGCUGAAAGCAUGUGUUCUGCAAUGUCGGAAACUGAUAUUAUAGCUCUAAAGGAAACUCUUCAAGCUCAACAACAACUUCUCCAAAAACUGUACAGCGAGUUGGAUGAGGAAAGAGAAGCCUCAGCUUCUGCAGCUAGUGAGACUUUAUCCAUGAUACUGCGUUUGCAAGGAGAGAAGGCUGCUGUACAGAUGGAAGCAAAUCAAUAUAAGAGAAUGGCAGAAGAAAAGAUGUCUCAUGCCGAGAAUUCUCUUUUUAUUUUUGAAGAUGUUAUCUACCAGAAAGAAAUGGAAAUUGCAUCUCUGGAGUUUCAGGUUCAGGCUUAUAGGUGCAAAUUUCUUAGCAUGGGUUGUAGUGAUUUGGGUGCCUACGACUGUAGAUAUCCAGAGACUCUUUUUUUGCAAAGAAGUGAUUUAUGCAAGGUGGAAACGGGUGCUAAUAGCAAUGUCAGAAGAUUGAACUCUCUGCCUCCAAUUCAACUCAAAGACCCCCAUUUGAAGAACAGUAAUUUAGAAAGAGAAUUAUCCCCAAUCCCCGUGUCAGAUUUGAUUCCAAAAAUAGUGAAGAAAAAAACAGAACAGGAAGUUAAUGUUCAAAACUUUGAUUUUGAGAAGAAAUCAGGAAAUUCCACUGGUGAAACCUUUGAUUCAUACUGGAAGAAGAUCAAAAAGUUGGAUGAACGAGUAAAAGAGAUAUCAGAUUGCAAAGUUUCUAGAGAUGAUUCUGCAAACUUGAAGGGUGAGUCAAUUCCUCGUUCAUUGCUUCCACAAGUAAGCAUUGAAAAAUUAUGUGAACCGACAAGUGGAGAAAGUAUUACUAAUUUGGAGAAAGUUAAACUUCAAGAAAAUAUACAGGAAAGGGAGGCAAUUGUUAAUUAUUCUUGCUCCUCAACUGUACAGGAUAUUUUUGAAGUCCCUCAAAGUAAUGAGAUUUGUGAAGCAUACGAAUGUCAGAAGAGCGAAAGGAGCAAGUUGAUUUUGGAAGGUGAGAACAGGCUAGGAAAGCCAGAUUUGGUCUCCGAGGAUACCUUUAGAUUGCAAUUCAAAGAUGAAACAGAUAGGACAAAGAAAAUGUUUCUUUGUGCAAACUAUGAUAACAAAUUAUCUUUAGCAAGAAAUGAAGCAAGUGUUGACUGCAAUAUGGCUCUUGUUCACCCGACAACAAGUGUUGCUGAAUCUCAAGCAAAGAUUCAGCAAUUGUGUCAGAGAAUUGAGUGGCUUGAGAGAGAGAGAAAUUUUCCCAGGCAAGAAAUUAGUGAGGUAGGGGAAGAGGAGUUGAAGUUGUUAAAGGAGAUUCGUGAGCAAAUUAAUACAAUACAGACUGAGUUAAGAAGUUGGAGAACUAAGAAAUCCCCUAAACCAGAAGAUGAACAGUCCCUAGAUAUCCUUGCUGAGGCAAUGCUAUACUUUUGGCUUUAAGAAAUCAAUUGGCACCAUUCAGAUGAAAACUUUCACGCAUCAUUGCAGACAUGCUUGACACAAAGGAUCGAGUAAGAGUAUCUUUCCAGCCAAUGGGGUGAACAAACAGUUUUAUGUUUUUUGAUUUGAUUUGAAUGUCUUUCAUGGAAAUGUUUUUCUUCUGAACUUGAGAUAUAGGUUGUAAGUAACAUACAUACCUUUCUGUAUUUGGAUAGUGCUCUUUUUAAUUUUUUUUUUCCUAACAGUAUAGUGUAUUUUUUGUUUCAU